AUGAUUGGGUUUCCACGUAGCCAAAUAGCCUCGGGCAAAAACAUCCACCUGCAUCCUAGAAGUCCUAUAGUCUCCUACAACACCAUCAGCGCGACCCAAAUGGAGACACCCGCCGAGAGCCCCACCGACCUCACGCCAAUUGGAUCACCCAGUUUGUCAACUCAGCACAGGCUUUCCCUGGCUGCAUUGCAAGCACACGAGGCACACCGUCGACGUGAUAACGCAUCGCUUAAUCACGAUCACAUCUACUUUGGACACUCGGUCGCACACUACGUGCCUGUUCCGCUGGCUGACGAGGAUAGAGACGGCGAUAUCAUGGAGAAGGCCUUGCCCCGGGUAGCCUAA